UUCCAUUCCUCAUUCCUCGAUGCAGAAACGUUUCCGAUCCAAAGUCACACACUCCUUGGUUCUGCACCGCAGACACGCCAAUUGGCCCGGCUUUUGGGCAAACUGGCAUAUCGCAUCCUGCGAGCUUUGCAGCAUCCUACGGCUCACGCACCACCAAUAGCCCUCGCCUGCUUUGGCCGAGUGGAGAGAGCGUCUACCUCUUUUUUCCAUUUUUCCUUGCGGGUCUCACUUUGCAACUUCCGACAGUCGACGAGCGCCCGUCAUGGCGACAGUCAUGCCUUCACGUAGCCGCCACGUGGACUCCUUUCAAGCAGAUUCCCAGUCGUUCCGAAUCCAUGAAGAUGCACCCUCCACCGAAGACACAGAGAUGAACGAGAGCGCUCUGCAGGACGAGGACGAGGCAGAACAAGAGAACGAGCCGCUCGAGGAGGAUGGCCAGAACUCGGAUUAUUCAGAUAGCUCAGAAGACGAGCCGCCAGACGACGACAGCCACUUCCAGCAAGACAUGGUGAAGCUGCAGAAUGCCUUUGUGGGAUUUCGGCAAAAGUACCGUCUGAUCAAGCGGAUUGGUGAAGGAACCUUCUCGACCGUAUACAAAGCCGAGGACUUGGCCUACGACAAAUACGACAACUCGUGGGAUCCGGACAAGGAGCUAGACAAGUGGACGCCGCCCCCGUUGAAGAACUCCGCCAGCCAGUCCGGCACAGCCCCGAGCCACGAGUCCCAACCACAACGCCGUCGCAAACCCAAAUAUGUGGCCAUCAAGAAGAUCUAUGUCACGUCCUCUCCAAGCCGCAUCCUCAACGAGCUGGAGCUUCUGCACGACCUACGCGGAUGCGACUCGGUAUGCCCCCUCAUCACCGCUUUCCGCUCCACAGACCAGGUGGUCGCCAUCCUCCCCUAUUUUCGACAUGCAGACUUCCGCGACUACUUCCGUAAAAUGACGGUGCCGGACAUGGCGAUCUACCUGCGGUCACUCUUUACCGCACUAGCGAGCGUGCACUCUCACAACAUUCUCCACCGCGACAUUAAACCGACAAACUUUUUGUACGACCCGGAGACCCGCCGCGGCGUCCUGGUCGAUUUCGGCCUUGCCGAGCGUGAGGGGUACGACUGCAGACCGUGUGUCUGCCACGACGACCCCGUAGCCCGCAAGGCGAAGCUACGGCCGCUGAUCAGCAGUGAGAAGAAGGGCGCAUACCUUCGGGAGGAUACGCGCCCCGCGCGGCGGGCGAACCGCGCGGGCACGCGGGGGUUCCGGGCGCCCGAAGUACUCUUCAAGUGCACGGAGCAGACUACCAAGAUUGACAUCUGGAGCGCCGGGGUCAUCCUGCUGACCAUCUUAUCCCGGCGGUUCCCCUUCUUCAACUCAGCCGACGACGUUGAGGCGAUGAUUGAGAUCGCCACUAUUUUCGGGCGGCAACGCAUGCAAGCUGCUGCUCUACUACACGGGUGCAUGCUAGAGACGACGAUCCCUACCAUCGGGAGGUCCGGUUUCAGUUUUGAGGGUAUCAUCUUGUGGAGCACCGGACGGAGCGAAACCAAUGAUAAGCUCAGUGAUGACGAGAAGCUUGCCAUUCAGUUUCUCUCGCGGUGCAUGGAACUAGACCCAAGCCGACGCAUUAGCGCCGAGGAUGCAUUGAAGCACCCGUUCCUGCGGAUGGGACUCGACGAGUCGGUGGAUGCAGCGAGUAAUACCGGCGAUGACGACGAAAUGGACAUGUUGAAGGCUUGAGCGGGCAUUAUCUGGGAGUUGGGCGUUACUUGACUGUAUCAUCAUCUAGGAGCAUGCUCUGGUAGGGUUGUCUGGAGUUCCGUGCAUCAUUUGAUAUCCCAUUGUUGAACGUAUUGCUUCCGCAUCUCUCUGCUCCUUCUGAGGCACGUGACUUGCUGUAAUCUGUAC